AUGCGCAAAAAAAAUUUGUCCGAAACAAUCCUCCGCCAACCACAUAUUGUCCAGCGACUUCUGGGCUACCUAACAUUGGACGAGUGGUUGAAGUUUGUCAGUGCCUUCCCUAGGUGGAACUACAGCUUCCCUCACGAAAUCCUUCUUGCUGAAAACGGGUCUCCACUUCUCUUCUUCCUCCUACGUCGCCGUCUUACUAAACACAUACAUACUUUGCGUCUCAUCAGCCCUGGACCCAUCGCCCAGGGCGGUGCAGUAGGGAGCAUUCAUAAGUGCAUUCUCUCCAACCCUUUCGCUUUCGUUUGUUUGGAGCGCCUCGACCUCAGCGUCCAGAUGCAGCCAAUCGACCGCCUGCUGGCGAUUUUCGCGGCUCCUGCCUUCCCCCAUCUCCGCUAUCUCUCCGUUCGGCCCACGGAACCAGACUAUGGGCAGAAUUCUGUCUGCGUGUCGCCGCUUUCUGUCUUUGCACCACCACAACUCGAAGUGAUGAAAUGUCACCUAAUAGGCUUUCUGUCCGAUGAUAAGGAAGAGUACAUCCCAGCUCUGUUGCAAGUCAUGCAGAACGUUGUUAGUUUGACAGUUUGUGAGCGAAUGAUCGGCGUAACCCCAUGGUCACAGUACUUACGUCGAGUCGGCCCCUUUUCCAACCUCGAAAUAAUUCAAAUUCACGCUACGAGUGAUCUUCUUAAAGCACUAAACGAGAUGCUCUUUAGCGAUAAGUGGAUUUUAUUCCCCAAACUGAAGUCUGUCAAAAUAAGCACUGUCUCGAGGUUAAAAACAUCCACUUUAUUCAAAAACGGCUUCUUUCGUCCUUUAGAAAUUGACUUUUCGAGUUUUGGUCAGUCAAUAGAGGUCGCUUCCACACUUCCAACCAACGAAGCCAUCCAAGUUGGACGAAGGGCUCUUACCGGAAGAGGUCUGAUCAUGUUAGAACUCAUCUUUCUUCCAGAUACCGUUAAUCUCUCCAGCUCAACAACUUUAGCGGUUUUAAAUCAGUUUGGCCACAUGGUGGAAACUCUGAUUGUUACCGUCCAACACACUGUCGUUCCUGAAAGUUCUGUGGAAUACCUCGCAUUUCUGAAAAGAUUUAAAACACUAUGUCAUCUCUACCUAUUUCCCAUCAUAAAGCUCACUUCCAGUUCAUUAAAAAUGAUUGAGCUUCCUGUCGAAUUGAUAGAUUCUCGAGAUGUAGACAGUCAGUUUGAAUCUCUCCUAGCCUACCACAGAGGGUACUUCCCAUCAGUUAAGUCUGUCUCCAUUACCUCUCCUCCUACCUUUCCCUUUUGUAACCGUUCCCAGUGGCACUCAUGUCAUUGUCUCGACAAUAUUCCACAUACUCAGCCCCUUAAGAACGUUUGUGGCCUCUUCCUUAAACUUGAAGAGCUCUUUCUCACUUCGGAUAGUCAUCUUGAUCCAGGAGACCUUCAAGAGGCUGUGGAAAUGUGUCCAGAACUAAAACGCCUCUACAUCAACAGAUGGCCUAUUUCUGUUGAAGCCUACGCAAUGGCGACUCAAGAAAUUCUCUCCGCUCGGUCCUUGGAGGUAUUGUGUCUGCUUGUGGAUUCCCUUCGAAUUCGUAGCGGAUCCUGCGAGAGCCUGCUAUAUCCACGCUCAUGGACGUUGAAGUACCUGUACAUUGACUGCAUCUACCAACCAUCCCUAAGUAAGGAGGAGCUGAGUAGGUUAGCCAAACGAAUUCCCAAUGCAAGAUGGAUUACAAUCGCAAACAGGGAGACCUCCCGUUGUUUGGAGUUUCGCCGAAGCAGGACUGCGGAAACUAUCUCUGAGAUGCGGUUGGACUCGGGACGUUGGGGGAAGGAGCCGAGGGCUUUUGCACCGGAACUAUACGAUGUAGUGUGGAAAGGGGAAGAGAAGAUGAAGUAUUUUAUAGCAGAGUGGUGCCAUGCUUGCAAGGCCUAG